AACUCACAUUAUUGAUUACAUCAUUAUUGAUUACAUUACUUAGAAAGAGGGCGCGAUCAUCAUGGUUAGGGCCCAAAAGUACAUUCUCCAAAAGAGAAGCCGAGGCUUCCCCAAACCCACCGAUUUCAAACUGGAGCGCGAAGAAUUGCCACCGCUUCAGGAGCAUGAAUACUUGGCUGAAGCCGUUUACUUGAGCGUGGAUCCGUACAUGAGGGCCUACAUGCCCAAAAUACCCUUAAACACCGUCAUGCUGGGGGGGCAAGUAGCGAAAAUUACAGAGAGCAGAAGCCCUAAAUACCCUCGGGGGAAAUAUGUAGUGGGAAACUUCGGCUGGCGAACCCAUACAAUCCUGCGGGAUGACGUGACCGAGCAUAGCGGAAUUCCUGUGGUACUCCUACCAGAUUUAGGGGAUCUGCCGGUGUCUUUGAGUCUAGGGAUGCUUGGAAUGCCUGGGAACACCGCUUACUUUGGCUUUUUGGAACUAUGCGACCCAAAACCGGGCGAAACCGUCGUGGUAAGUGGAGCAGCGGGUGCUGUAGGAAGCCACGUGGGCCAAAUAGCCAAGAUCAAAGGUUGUAAAGUGAUAGGGAUCGCCGGCACGGACAAGAAGGGCAAGUGGCUCACCAAGGGCCUGGGUUUUGACAGUUUUAUCAACUAUAAAACGCAGAAUGUCAAAGAGGAACUAUUGAGACAGGCCCCUGAUGGGGUCGAUUGUUACUUUGAUAACGUUGGGGGUGAUAUUACUAGCAUUGUGCUUAAUCAGAUGAAUAGGUAUGGCAGAAUAUCCGUGUGCGGUGCCAUUUCUGGAUAUAAUGACGAAGGUGUACCUAAAGCUCCAGCUAUCCAGAACGCGAUAAUUGUCAACCAACUGAAAAUGGAAGGUUUUAUGGUUCAACGUUGGAGCCACCGUUGGAUGGAAGGGAUAACGCAGAACCUGGAAUGGAUCAGGCAAGGGAAACUGAAAUACCAAGAGACGGUCACCAAUGGGUUUAACAAUAUGUUUAACGGGUUCACCGAUAUGUUAAAGGGGGUGAACACUGGCAAGGCUGUCGUGAAGGUUUAAUAUAUGUUUUUUUUUUGUG